CCUUUUACGCGAAGCAGGACCAGGGCAAGCACAAGAUCAGCGGCCGGGCUUUAGAGAGGGGCAGCCCCAGGCCGCUGCCCCGAGGCGCUGCGGCCCAGCGAAGCCCCGGGGAGCCCAGCGGCCGCGGCCGGCAGCGGCGGCUCGGCCGCGCUGCCGCUUUAAGGGCGGGCGGGGAGCCCGGCGCUCUGCGGCCCUGCAGGCCCCGGCCCCGGCGCCGCGGGGCGGAGCGGAGCUGAGCGGCGGCCGGCAGCAGUUUAGGGGGAGGUUCAAAAACUGAAUCAAGUGAGUCUGAAUUAUUGAAAAGGAAUGAGAGAGCAAGAUGAGGAAGGAAAAAAGAUAUGUAUUAAAGGAUGGAUGAAGGAGGAGAUCUGAGCAGGAAGGCAGGAAAACAGCUGCUUUCUCUUCGGGCCACUGCGUGGAAUUGUCAUCCAGCACUAUGAAAAACAACAUCCUGUGAGUUUGUUUCAAACUCUCUGCCUCAUCACCUGCUUCAGGUCAGCUGUGCUCCGAGCUUUCCUUGGGGAGACAUGGCCUUCCGUGGCUGGAAGCGGCUCCUCCUCUUGGGCAGGCAGAACACCUUUGCCAAGGCUUGGAGGAGCAGGAGGGGAGGCCCCGCUCCGCGCUGGAAGCGCUGCUGCCAUUGGAGCGCCGGCAAGCCUCUGGACCCCGAGGUGAGAGCAUUUUUAGAGGAGAACACGGAGGUCACCAGCAGCGGGCACCUCACGCCAGAGAUACGGCUGCGCCUCCUCACCCCUCGCUGCAGGUUCUGGAGGGAAAAGCCUGACCUGUGGCCUUACGGGGACCCAUUCUGGGCAAUUUACUGGCCAGGAGGCCAAGCCCUCUCCAGGUAUAUUUUAGAUAAUCCACGUGUUGUUAAAGGACGAUCGGUUUUGGAUCUUGGAAGUGGAUGUGGAGCAACAGCAAUAGCUGCUGUGAUGAGCGGUGCAUCACAAGUCCUUGCUAAUGACAUCGACCCUAUUGCAGGAACGGCAAUGAUCUUGAACUGUGAACUGAACCACCUGAAUCCCUUCCCCAUCACCAUUAAGAACAUCAUUAAUUCAGAGGGUGGCAACUGGGACCUUAUUGUUCUAGGAGAUAUGUUUUAUGAUGAACAACUUGCUGAUGGUCUACAUCACUGGCUGAGGAAAUGCAUCAGGAUACAGCAAACUGAAGUGCUGAUUGGUGACCCCGGCAGGCAUCAGUUUUUAAGCCACAGCAUUCGCAGUCAGUUGCACAAAGUUAUAGAAUAUUCACUUCCUGAGUAUACUAGACAAGAAAACAAUGGAUUAACAUCAAGUAUUGUCUGGAGUUAUCAGCCCUCAAGUAGCUUGGAAAACUGUUGAAGCUGGCUUUCCAAUGAAUUUUUGUCUCGCUUGGUUGGCUGCUUUUGUAAGUAUGUAUGUAAAAUGAAAACAGGAAUUAAACACAGAACAUAUCUCUUGCUGCAAAGUAGAUUAGUGUACCUUCACAGUAUUGAUUUCAGUCAUACUCAGUGAGGCUUUUGCUCCAUCUGAGGUAAAAACUACAUGCAAACUGUAUUCAAAGGGGCCUGCACUGCAGUGCAAAUCCAAAGACAAGUCACAUGUGAGAGUUUGCAUGCUUGAUGUUUUUCAUGUAUAUUCACGUCUUGCUCUCUGACACUAUUGUGAAAUGGUUUUGGACAUCCAACAUACUGCUGCGGGGAGAAGGCAGUGGCUUGAAGAUUACUGCAUUGCUUUCAGACUUCUGCAGCUUAUUUACAUAGAAAAUUAUUGCUGUCCUUCAUAAAACUCUGCUAGAUUAUCAGCUCACACUAUGCUCAACUUGAAGUGCCUUGCUCUUUUUCUGGAUCUCUCUUCUGAAUGUCAAAGUAACUAAUUUAAAUCUCCCCCUUCCUCUCUAUAAUAAAAAUUUACUCUUCCUUGAA